AUGACAGAGAAGGCUCUGAAAAUUAUCCAUGCAUUUUUUCUGAUGUGUUUGGCAUUAGUUACUCCUGCAUUAGAUCCAGGGCUAAGUACACAUUCAUUCAGUUGUGAUAGGGAACGCAAAGUUCUGACUGGAAAAUAUGGAGUCAUAUCAAGUGGAAAUAGAGAAUAUCCAAUGGAUUCACAUUGUGAAUGGCUUAUUAAAGCCUCUAAUUCAUCAUUUGUCACCCUCACAUUCACCAAAAUGGAUACAGAAUGUUCAUAUGAUCAUGUCUUCAUAUAUGAUGGAGAUUCAUAUUCUAGUCCAGUGCUGGGUAGUUUUAGCGGUAAUACAACGCCUCCAUCCAUUACAACCACCCAAGGAUCUAUGCUGGUUUUACUUUACAGCGACACAAAUUACGUGAGAAAUGGCUUUGAAGCUGUGUUUAGCGUUUCAUCUUGUCCAUUGAAUUGCAGCAACAGAGGAAUAUGUCGAAAUCACCGAUGUUUAUGUGAUCCUUUAUGGUCUGGUCGUGGAUGUGAAUUCAGCCUGUGUCCUAAUGAUUGUGGUACUUCUGAAGGCCUAGGUGAAUGUGAUAACAAUGGUUCUCAACCAUUUAAGUGCAAGUGCAAACCUGGUUAUUCUGGAAUGGAUUGCAGUCUUCCAGAUUCAAAUAAAAGUGGGGGAAACACUUGGCACUUGCUGUCAUCAGGCGAUAUCAGUGAAAGAGCUGGUCAUGUCGGUGUAUAUAUACAAGAAACUGAUAGCUUUUAUGUUUUUGGUGGUUACACUUUUAACAGAGUUUUAGGCGAUGCAUAUAUGUACUCAUUCGAAAGUAGUCAGUGGUACAAUAUCACAAAAGCAUAUUCACCUAGUCCACGACAUGGCCAUGCUGCUGUUAUAUAUCAAGGUAACAUCAUCAUCUUUGGAGGAGAGCUGGAAAAUGGAACUUUGUCCAAUGAAUUGUGGUUUUUUAAUGUGUCUGGAUUAAGUUGGAGGCUUUUAACUCCUAAAUUUAAUUUUCUUCCACCCCCACUUACCAAACACUCAGCAACAUUAGUUGACUCUUCCAUGUUGUAUGUGAUUGGUGGUAGUUUAUCAGACGGAACAUUUUCAUCCAAAAUGUACAGAAUCAAUAUUCAUGAGUUGUAUAGAUGGGAAAGCAUCAGAACAUUUGGCAGCAAAGAGAGCAUCCAUCGAUUAGUUGGACAUAGUGCCGUUUACCACCAUCCAACAAAAACUAUUUUUAUUUUUGGGGGUAUCACAGCUGAAUAUUCUCAUGUGAGUAAGCUCAGCAAUCAGAUGCAUGCAUAUCAUGUUGAAAAAAAAUAUUGGAUAAGGAUCAAAUAUCAAAGUGAGCUUGUGCCAUUAGAGAGAGCUUUUCAUACUGCUGAAAUAGUUGGUGAUUAUAUGAUCAUAUAUGGAGGUUAUACUCAUAAGCAUGUGGAAGAAGAAAUUUGUUACGACAACGAAACACAUUUGUAUCAUUUACGGUGCCAUAAAUGGAUUGAUGUACCAAGGCUGAAGAGUGAAUUUACUGUUUCUACGAAUCCAAUCCAUCAAGGAGUGUUUUCCCAUUCUAUGGCAGUAAGGCGUGAUCAUACCUUAUUAAUAUUUGGUGGAUAUAGUGGACUGAUGCGUUCACAUUUACUGGCUUAUGUUUUGCCUACAUCUGUGCUCAGCGAUCAGCUAUUAAUCAGUCCUUGUUCAAGGCAUAAACACAUGGAAAGUUGUAUUGCUAAUUUAGCUUGUGGCUGGUGUUUUGAAAAUAAUGUUUGUAUUGAAAGAAAAAAUAGCAAAACCUGCAGUAAGUUUUCUGCAGAAACGUGUCCUGGCUUAUGCUCUGUUUUAAGUGACUGUCUUUCAUGCUUAAUAUGGGGACAAUCUCCUAUUGUGAAUGAAAUUAGUGAUCUUCAUGACCCAUUUCCAUCCGUCUCAUGUGCAUGGUGUGUUCCAGAUUUUCAGUGUCAUUCAACUAAUGAUGGAUCUUCAAAUUGCUCUUCAAAUGUGAACAUCAGUGACCAAAGGCCUAACUUGUCUCCUGGAAAGUCAAAUUGGUGGGGUUCAAAAGGGGUUGAUGUGCUCUCCCUUGAAGAAUGUUACACAAGAGAUUCGCCUCCUGGCCUUGUAUCUGUGAAAUACAGACACCCUGUGAAUUGGUCACAACCAGAUGACGUUACAUACCUACAUCAGGCAUCUGAAGAUUUGUUCUUUAGAUCAGAAAUUCAAAGGAAUGACUCAACUGGAAUGGAAGAGAAUAUUGUGAAAUUUAUAGGAUUUCUUCAUCCACUUGAUGCUAGGCCUUUAUCUGCUAGAAUACCACAAGUGCGACUCUCUAUAUGUUCUGCUGGUUCUGCUGCUGUGUUAAAACUUAGCAAUGAUUCAACAUCUGACCAUUUGGAAGUUGUCGCAAGUCAUAACCCAAAAACUUCUUUUGAUUGCUCUGAUGCACAACGUCCAAAAAGUGCCCCCCUCUUUGCGGAUAUUUCUGGUGGUCAUAAGUACAUGUUUGAUUUUAUGGUCAAAAUUCCUACUUUUCUCAAUGAGACAUCUAAAGUACAGUUAAAGUGGACAGCAUUUUCUGUGGAGCUAGAAGUCAUAGAUCAUAAAUAUUUGGAGUUGUACAAAAAUGGUUCUUGUUCUUCACACCAUAGCUGUUUAUCCUGCCUAAAAGAUGGUUUGUGUGGAUGGUGCGACUUGGAUAACACCUGUUAUCCCAAGGAAGAUCAUUUUUCUGUGUGUCAGAACGAAGACGAAAGUGCAUUUUUAGUUACUCAUCCUAGCAAUUGUUCUGUAUGUUCUGAUUACAUCUACUGCGAGCACUGUACUCAGGUUGCAACAUGCGAAUGGCUAGUUGAAGCUGCAGUUUGUGUAAGACGUGGGCGCUUCAAGAUAGCAGUACAGCAUGUACAGCAAUGUCCAGCUCCAUGCCACUUACGAACAAACUGUGCUUCUUGUUUAGGAGAUCCAGGAGUUUGUGCUUGGUGUGAAGAAACACAAUCUUGUUUUUUAUUUUCAACCUACACUUCAUCUUUCGCAUAUGGUAAAUGUAGAGAUUGGGUGGAUGAAAAUCGUUCUGAAACUGGAACUAAUCCUAUAUUAUUAUGCCGCAACUGUUCUCGGCAUACACAGUGUUCUUCAUGUUUGAAAGACCUAUCAUGUGGAUGGUGCACUUAUGAUAAACACCCAUUGGAUGGUUUAUGUAUUGAAGGAGAUUUUUCUGGUCCUUCCACUGGAUUUUGUCCCAAGUUGGUGAAAAAUGAAACAUUGGAAUUGUCAAACUAUCAGUGGUCGUAUAGCUUCUGUCCUGACUUAGAUGAAUGUCUUUGGAAUUUGCACGAAUGUCACAAAAAUGCAACUUGUAAGAACACACCCGAUUCAUAUAUUUGUGAAUGUAAUGUGGGGUUUGAAGGUGAUGGAGAAAAAUGUGUUAGAGACUGUAGUGUUGAGUGUGUGCAUGGUUACUGCUCAGAGGCUGAUGAUUACAAAUGCAUCUGUGAUCUUGGCUGGUCUGGUGAGGAUUGCAGCAUAGACUGUGGCUGCAAUAACCACAGCACUUGCAACAAAGAAAUUGGCACAUGUGAUGGUUGUCAAGAUUGGACUGAAGGCGAUUUUUGUGAAAGAUGCAAAGCUGGGAGUUAUGGAGAUGCCACAAGCUUGAAAGGCUGCAAAAUUUGUGAUUGUAAUGGGCAUGGCAACAUAGAACUUGGAAUAUGCAAUGCUACUACUGGAGAAUGCUUUUGUUUAAACAAUACAGUCGGUCUAAACUGCUCUGAAUGUGAAAAAGGAUUUUAUGGAAAUCCCAAAAAUAAUGGUGAAUGCUUUGAAGAAUGUUAUCCUAGAAAAGUGAUUAUAAAUGCAACUGAAGGAAAGUUUGGUAGUCCAGCUUUUUCUACCGGUGCCCAGGAUUGCUUGUGGCUACUUACUGUUCACUCUGUUUUGGAUAUGCAAUCUCUCUUAGGGCCCAUGCAGAGCACUGGAACUUAUCUUCAAAUCACCAUACACAAAGACAUCAACAUACCAUGUCCACACAAUCACAUAUACAUAUAUGAUGGACUUCCUAAUUUUGUUGCAGCAGAUCACCCGAAUAUAUUGCUUGGAGCAUUUUGUGGAACAAAUCUCAGCCAUCCCAUAAUUGCAAUUGCCACAUCAGGAUACCUUACUGUUCAUUUUAAAAGAGAUUCUGACAGUCAUGGAUUUAAUGCCUCAUAUAUUAGAGUAGAACAGUGUUCCAAUGAUGCGAUACAGUGCUGUGAGGAAAAAUACAAUCAAAGUGCCUCAGAUGCAUUCUGCAGCACCAGUUACUGUCCUAACAAUUGCUCCUACUCAUUAAACCAGGGACGUUGUGAUACAGAUUAUCAUCUCUGCAUUUGCGAAGUGCAUUAUGGCGGACCCGAUUGUUCAGUGAAGUUGUUGAACCAUCACUUGUUGUGGACUAAUUUGUAUGAUUCUCAGCAUGCAUUCUGGAAUGAGUCAUUCUUACAUCACUUUCCUAGGCGGCGAAUUGGUCAUUCUUUACUAGCCGUUAAAGAUAACCUAACGAACACAGAAAAUCUUUACUUGUUUGGUGGUUACUCUCCUGAAGUCGGUUACUUGGAUGAUCUCUUCUUUUAUAAUCUAUCCAGUUAUCGUUGGAGCAAGAUUUCUUCUGAACCUUCUCCUUCUCCACGUCAUUUUCAUGCUGCUGCAGUUUUAAAUGAUUCACUGUACGUUCAUGGUGGUUUGAGUGGAAAUGAAGUUCUUGGAGAUUUCUGGGAAUUUAAUACGACAAAACAGUCAUGGAUACAAUUACCAGACAUUUUAACAUCGACAGGUGCAGUAUCAUUAGCUGGAUCUACGUUAACUAGAGUCAACGAUAUAAUGCUUGUGCUGAUUGGAGGAUUUUCGCCUGCAUAUGGGUUUUUUGAAAAAAUAAUGGAAUUUAAUGCCAUAAAAAAGCAGUGGUAUCUUGUCAACACAACUGGAGCUAUACCAAUUGGUAUAUAUGGGCAUUCUGCUGCUUAUCAUCAUCAAACAGAAAGCAUUUACAUUUUUGGUGGUGUUUCGUACAACACAGAUCAAGUGGGCCCUAGCAAUUACUUAUAUGCUUUCCAUUAUCCAUCUCUCCAAUGGUUUCGCUUACCUCCGGACAAUAAAGUCAACACCUUGAAAACCAGACCCCUACCUAGAUAUUUUCAUUCUUCUGUAGUAACUGAUAACUAUUUGAUUGUCAUUGGUGGCAGAGGCACCAGCAGUUUUGAAGACUCGAUUCAACCAUUUGCUUAUACAUUUUCUUGUAAUUUAUGGAUUCCACUGACUGAUGAGGGAAUAGAAGUUGUCGGCAAUUGGCCAAAACAAUUAAAUGGCGCUUCAGCUGCUAUAGCUGAUGAAGAAAUCUAUUUUUAUGGUGGAACUGAAGGAAGUCUCUUGAAACUAACCCUACCUAGUGACAUUUGUGCUUUGUAUUCAACAAGUCGUAUUGGAUGCAUUCAGCAGACUGGCUGUGCUUUCUGUUCACUUUUUGAUAAUGGGAUGAAUCAAUCCUUUUGUUAUGCACAAGAUAAAUAUGUGGAAAGCAGGUGUUACAAUCCAAAAGAAUCGAAGUUUGUGCAACCUGCUGUAGUCUGUGAUAUUGAUUGGAUCGAAAAGAGGUCUUGUCACCAGUACACAACAUGUACGGACUGUGUGACCUACUGGCCCUAUUAUCAACGAGCUCGACAGACAUGCCAGUGGUGUGCCAAUUGUCGAGCCGGACGCUGCGUAGCUGCUGGAUCAUCUUGUGAUGAUGAAAAUGACUGCAACAUUCCAAGAAAAGUUAUUGAUGAUCCUACAAUUUGUCCUGUGAGGAUAUGUCCUGCGUCUGAUUGUCAAAAGUGUGACGCUCUUCGAAUGUGUAUUUGGACCAGACAGGUUCAUCGUUCUAGUGGAUUUGCUCAUACUUUGAAUAAAAAGCCUAUAUACAAUUGGGUUUGUGUAAUGCAAGAGAUCCAGUCUGCUCCUUCUUUCCUAAUAAAUUCAAUGCCGCCUCUUGAGUGCCCCAGAAGAUGUUCUGACUACUCUUCCUGUGUUUCUUGUCUACAAAGCCAAGGUGGUGAAGGGGGAUGGCAUGAAUGUUUUUGGAGCGAGAUCAAACAAACUUGUAUUAGCCCAAGCUACGAAUUUUUGGGGUGUGCUGAUGGAUCAUGUGGACCUGUCUUACGAGGUAAUGAAUCAAUUUGCCCAAUACCUUGCUGGCAACAUCUACAAGCGUCACAUUGUCUGUCCCAAGCCAAUUGUGGUUGGUGUGCAUUUUCCGGACCUAAAGUAGAUGGUAGAGGCCUUUGCAUGGAAGGUGGGAUCAUGGGCCCUACAGGUGGCAUAUGUCGAGAAAGUCAAGUCAUUCUCCUGGGAAUACCAUUACCUAGUCAAACUGUAAAAUGGUUUCAGCUGUGUGAAGGACCUCCUACAUGGACUUAUCUUUUAAAGCCACCAGAAAAUGAAUGCCAAAAUGGCCACCACGAUUGUGAUGACAGGCAUGAAGAGUGUGUUGAUACUCUGGAGGGAUUUGAAUGUCAUUGUAAACCAGGAUACAAGAUGCAUGGAAACCAUUGUUCCCCUACUUGUAAACAAGGAUGUGUCAACGGAACAUGCAUAGAACCUGACGUUUGUUUGUGUAACUUUGGCUAUGUAGGAAAUAAUUGUUCCACAACAUGUAAAUGCAAUGGCCACAGCAAUUGUCCUGGUCCAGAUAAGCUAGAUGUAUGUUUGGAAUGCAAGAACAAUACAUUUGGAAAGCAUUGUGAAAAGUGCAAACCUCUUUUCGUUGGAAAUCCAGCCAAUGGUGGAAAGUGUGUGUCCUGUAAUGACUAUUGCUAUACCCAUAGUGGAAUAUGCUUUAGCUCAGACAUGGCAAAUGUUACACUUAAUCAAGUUUUCAAUCAGAGCUUAAUAAAUGAAAUUCUUGAAAAAACUGUUGAAGGCCCAUUGGAUGAUGCUAUAUGUAUUGAUUGCAAGAAUAAUACUGAAGGGAAACGAUGUGACCAAUGUAUUAUUGGUUAUUUCAAAGCAGGAGAAGAUCUCGAAGAUGGUUGUAGGCCGUGUGAAUGUCAUGGACAUGGGGACUCUUGUAAUCCAAUCAAUGGCGAAAAUUGCAAUUGCCAAAACAACACAGAAAAUGACCGGCAAUGUUCACAAAAGAAUAUGAAAAAUCUUGUUCACAUGACACCUUGUUGGCAAUUGCAGUGCUCUAAAUGCAAAGAAUACUUUCUUGGUGCUCCAACUCACGGACAUCAAUGCUAUCGGCACAUGUUUCUAGAUAAAGAGUAUUGUUUUGAUCCAACAACCCAAGAUGAAUGUAAUCGAAAGCCUAAUGGAUUGUUUGAAGGACAUACAGUAUUUUUUGCAGUUCAGCCAAGGUACAUGAAUGUUGACAUCCGAAUUGUUGUUGACGUAACUAAUGGAGGUAUUGAUUUCUUUUUGUCCGCUAAGGAAGAUGCCUUUAUUGUUGAGGUAGAUAAAGCAACAGCUUUGCAUCGCAUUUAUGUCGAUGAAAAAUAUGGAAUAGAUUUAAAUAACUAUGACCUUGCUAAUGAGAUUCAAUCUACCAUGAAAAGAAAGCGAGACACUAGUGAAGAUGCUAAUAAAGAGUCUUCCAACUUUACAGAUUCAGUGCCUGCUCAUAGUCUCCGACCAAAAAUAGGUGAUGCACAAGGUCUUACGACCUAUAUUGAUGUGAAAAAAUGUGAAGACUUUUUGCUAGUCAGAAAUCUGGAAAACAGACUUGUAGUCACUAUACCACAAGAGGUUCAUGAUUUGCGCACAACACGUUUUUAUAUGAUAUUACGCGGGGCAAAGGAAGAGACUUAUGGAAGCUUAUUUUUCAGGCAAGAUCAGACAAGGAUUGAUUUGUUUGUCUUCUUUUCUGUAUUUUUCUCCUGCUUUUUCUUGUUUUUAGCCGUUUGUGUCGUUGUUUGGAAAGUGAAACAGGCAUUUGAUGUUCGCCGAGCAAGACGCCUUCAUGCUGCCGAAAUGAAACACAUGGCCAGCCGCCCAUUUGCAAGCAUCGUCACCAUCAUUGACGACGAGCCGGAUGACUCAGACUUCUUUCUUUAUUCGCCUUGCAAUUACCGCAAGAAGAUGAAGCAUAUGAAAGUACAAGGUAGGGAUUCCCCAAAGCAACUAGAGGAGAAAUUGAGCCUUCGGCCUCUGGCCGUCGAGCCCAUGUCCGAUAACUAUGGAGCCGUUGCUACGAUUCUUGUCCAGCUUCCUGGUGGAGCCCAGUCCAUAGUUAGAAUGUGUUUAGCAUCGUGCCUCAUUACAGCUCGCAGUUCUCAUUAUCAUUUAGGAUAUGGACUGAGGGCUGCUAUGCGUAGAAGAACUAGCCAUGCCAAUGUGUGAAUAUGUAAAGUGAAUCUCAUUAUCCAACAGUGAAAUAAUUGUGUAAUGGAUUGUACAUAUUUGUAAUUUAUGUUUCAUUUUUUGUUUUUAAAAUAAAUUAUAUUGUUGACU